GCAGCGACCCCACGUAUCCGCGCUCCCCUUAAAACCAGACAGAUCCACCACCACUUCGACUUCGCCUCAACCCUCCUCCUCCUCCUCCAAGGGUUUCGCGGUGUUGAGAAAUCGAUGGCGAGGAAGAUGCUCAAGGACGAUGAGGUGGCCGUCGCCGACGGCGGGAGCUACGACUACGACCUAUUCGUGAUCGGCGCCGGGAGCGGCGGCGUCCGCGGCUCUCGCACCUCCGCGUCUUUCGGAGCUAAGGUUGCGAUUUGCGAGCUCCCGUUCCACCCUAUCAGCUCCGACUGGCAAGGAGGGCACGGCGGGACGUGUGUGAUACGUGGUUGUGUUCCUAAAAAGAUACUGGUGUAUGGUGCAUCUUUCUGGGGAGAAUUUGAGGAUUCGAAGAAUUUUGGGUGGGAAAUCAAUGGGGACAUUAACUUCAACUGGAAAAAACUGCUCGAAAAUAAGACUCAAGAAAUUGUUAGACUAAAUGGAGUCUACCAGAGGAUCCUUGGCAAUUCUGGUGUGACAAUGAUCGAAGGGGCUGGCAGUUUGGUUGAUGCUCAUACGGUUGAAGUCACAAAGCCAGAUGGUUCAAAGCAAAGAUAUACAGCAAAGCACAUAUUGAUAGCAACUGGUAGCCGAGCUCAACGUGUCAGCAUUCCUGGAAAGGAGUUAGCUAUUACUUCAGAUGAGGCAUUAAGUUUGGAGGAGUUACCAAAGCGUGCUGUGAUCCUUGGUGGCGGGUAUAUUGCUGUUGAAUUUGCUUCUAUAUGGAAAGGGAUGGGUGCAGAAGUAGACUUGUUUUAUCGAAAAGAACUUCCUUUAAGAGGUUUUGAUGACGAGAUGAGGGCGGUUGUUGCAAGUAACCUUGCGGGAAGGGGAAUAAGAUUACAUCCGGGAACAAAUCUCUCUGAGUUGAGUAAAACAGCUGAUGGCAUUAAAGUUGUGACUGAUAAAGGAGAAGAAAUCAUUGCAGACGUUGUUUUGUUUGCUACAGGUCGCACACCAAACUCCCAGAGGUUAAACCUGGAAGCUGCUGGUGUUGAGGUUGAUAAAAUUGGAGCUAUCAAGGUUGAUGAAUAUUCUCGUACAUCAGUUCCAAGUAUAUGGGCCGUGGGUGAUGUAACAAACCGUAUAAAUCUAACACCUGUUGCGCUGAUGGAGGCUACCUGCUUCUCUAAAACUGUAUUUGGUGGUCAGCCAACUAAGCCUGAUUACAGAGACGUACCUUGUGCUGUUUUCUCCAUCCCACCACUAUCAGUAGUGGGCCUAAGUGAACAACAGGCUUUGGAGGAAGCAAAGAGUGAUGUUCUAGUUUACACUUCUAGCUUCAACCCAAUGAAGAACAGCAUAUCCAAGCGGCAGGAGAAGACUAUCAUGAAAUUGGUGGUUGAUUCAGAGACCGAUAGAGUACUUGGUGCAUCCAUGUGUGGACCAGAUGCGCCAGAGAUUAUCCAGGGUAUGGCUGUCGCGCUGAAGUGUGGAGCCACCAAGGCAGCCUUUGACAGCACUGUUGGGAUUCACCCGUCUGCCGCUGAAGAGUUCGUGACGAUGCGGACCUUGACCAGGCGCGUGAGCCCGGCAUCCAAGCCAAAGACAAGUUUGUAGGCAGCUACACUGAACAUCAUCGUCGUCUGCUGUGUGUAAUUGCUGAGUUGCUGGGAGCCUGGGGCUCAGAAAGUUGAAGAAGACGUACAGGUUCAGGCAGGAGAUGCGAUCUGGUGAGGCUUGUUCCAGUGGGCUUCGGCUCCCGGUAUGAGGUGUGCAACAGCAACAGAUGAUUGUCGUGGUCCUGACCGGACACCAAAUCACUGCAGGUUUUCAGCAAGCAUGCCAAACAUGUCGUAUCAUCAACAUGUUGUACUACUAGUGUCUGCUAUAUUUAUGCCUGGUCCUCGUUUCGUCGUGCAUUUACGACUACUACUGUGCUGCCUUCAAAUCCUACCUGCCACUCUAGACUUGCAGAUUCUACUGUAUCAAUCUUUCGUUCACCUGGUCC